UGGGAUCUUUUCUCUUAUGUACAGUCUGCAGGUCUUCCAUGGACUGUGGCCAAAGGGCAAGAUACCUUCACUCCUAUUAGUGCAGUUCUGCCAAAAUCAGCAAUCAGAGAUCCUGACAAUGUUGAGUUAUGGUUAAAGGUAGAUGAUGAAAUCAGGCAGAAAGGAUCUACUAGGGAUAUGAUAUUUAAGAUCCCUUUCCUCAUUAGUCAUAUCAGCUCUAUUAUGACACUUAUGGAAGGAGACGUCAUUCUGACUGGUACUCCGCAGGGUGUUGGUCCUGUGAGAGCUGGCCAGAAGAUCACAGCAGGCAUAUCAGGUAUCAUAGAUGUCCAGUUUGAUGUUCAAAAGCGCCAAAGAGCAGCAAGCAGUUAAGUAUUCAGGAAAUGGUGAGCGAUUAUUUGUGAGAAUAAAAAACCCUGCGCUUGUUUUAUUGGUUGACUAGUUUCAAACUAGAUUUGCAUAGUGGGAAAGGGUAAACUCCAGGUGAACUAAGUUUAAUCAUUUGCACUUGAUGUUAUAUAUUUCUUCCAUUUAUGGCUUGUCAAAUGUCUGAUACUGACAUAACCUUUUGGUAAUAACAGUUAGGUUGUAUUGAUGGCUUACUAUUGUAAGUAAGAAGACUCGUUCAUAUA